AUGCUUGCGCAAUCCAGAGAUUCCUUUGAGGAAGAAUUUGGAAGACCCGUAGAAUCUAUAAUGCGAUGUGAGGAUUUUAAAAGCAAUUUCGCAAGAAGACUUUCAAACAGAUAUAUAUCCAAAUCCCCGGUAGGGGGUUCGAGGGCUGACAAUGUUAAUAUGUUAAAACUUCGUCCACUGAAAAAACAGGAAAUACUUAAAAAUGUUCCAGAAAGAAUUGAGCAAUGUUCUCAACUUUCAAAGAGUAACAAUGUAAAACAGAACGGAGAAGUAGCGAAGCCGCCUGAUAAGCAGAACACGAACAACUCAAAUACUCGACAAAUCAAGGUAGAGGCCUUGAAUAUGGAAGUGGAGACGCUUCGGUGGCAAUUAACACAGACAGAGGCUAAUAGGCAGAUGCAUAUUGCUUUACUCAAGCAAAUAGUAACUUUUCUAAGCAGAGUCAAAGAACAUAUAGAAUUCCAGUCAAGUGAACCAGGUGUUAGAUUGGAUAAUUUGUCAAGCAACGUUCUACCGAGUUCCUUAAAUAUUACGGACUUGCCACGUUCACGAUCAGUCUUUCACGUCAGUAAAAAUUUAGACUAUUCGAUUAGUCCAUCAAAGAAAAUGAGUACAAGGAAAAUAAGUAAAUCAAUUAGUAAUGUAAACGGAUAUAAAGAUUGCAGUAGCACUUGGAACAAUUCGAAGUUGUCAUUAUUGUCUGAGAAUGAGACCAGUUUGAAGUUGACGGAGGAAAUGACGCGGCUUAUUACUCUUGCCAAUACAGUCCUUAGCACAAAAAUACCAGACUUAGCAAGUGCCUACCCAAAUAAUAGUCCGCCCAUAUUGCAAUUAACAGAAGAGAUUAAAAAAGUAGAAAUCACUUUGCAAAGCACAACUGAUUCUCUAAGUAUGAAUGGCUUGAAUGAGACAGAUGAUACUGUCCUAAAUACAACUAGUAAAGUCGAAUCACACAAUGGCAUAACUAAUAAAUUCGGAGACAUAAAAAACAGAAUAAAUGAUUUUAUUGUAUCGCAGUGUCCACUUAGCUGCGGUUCGGAAAAUGACUCUUCCGUUGUUUUAUUUGAACAACCGGGUGUACAAAAUGGACUAGUUACGACAUGUGGGAAAGUAGUACAAACAGUUGACAAAAGAAAUGAUUACAAUGCAUCAUCAAAUUUCGUUGAGGAUGAAAGUGGUUUCUCGUCUAUGAGCUCAUUUCAAGAGAUUGGUAUACCAAUUAUAAGCAUAAUUCCGCCGUCUCCGUGUAAAGAAGUUGAAUAUUUCGAAGGCAUAGGUGACGAAACAGAAAAAUGGAAGACAGACGCCAUUGAAUUAGACAAGCAAAGCAUUAAAGUGUUUUGGGUGUGA